AGAUGGCAGCAGGGGAAAGCUCUGCCACAGAUCGCUCUCUCCAAGAUACAUCCACUUGGGCACUGGCUACUGUUUGCUUCUGCUUCAUCUCUUUCUCAAUUCUUCUUGAGCACUCCAUUAAUAUCAUCUCCAAAUGGCUUAAGAAGCACCACAAGAAAUCACUCAACGAAGCUGUGGAAAAGCUUAAAUCAGAACUGAUGCUUGUAGGUUUCAUUUCACUUAUAUUAGCAACAACACAAAGAGCCAUUCCCAAUAUCUGCAUACCCAUUAAAGCUGCAGACACCAUGCUUCCAUGCCGUAAAAAUAAAACCAAAACAGGGGUGAAACUAAAGGUGAUCGAACACUUAUUAAAGAAGAGUGGUUCAUGGCAUAGACUCUUAUUAGCCUCUGGGAGUACUGGAACUGGUGCCAGUUCCAAUUCUGAUAAAUGUGCCAGUAAAGGAAUGGUUUCUCUGGUUUCACAACAAGGGUUACGCCAAUUACAUAUCUUCAUCUUUAUAUUAGCAGCAACUCAACUUGUCUACAGUCUUCUCACCAUGGUAUUAGGAAAAGCUAAGAUGAAGCGUUGGAAAGCUUGGGAAGAAGAGACUCGAACCAUCUCAUACCAAGUGGCUAAUGAUCCUAAACGGUUUAGAUUUAUACGGCAAACAACAUUUGGAAGACGGCAUAUGAGUAUUUGGACAGAAUCGCUAUGGAUUAAAUGUUUCUUCCGCCAAUUCUUUAAUUCAGUGGCGAAAGUUGAUUAUCUCACGUUGCGCCAUGGCUUCAUCGCAGCUCAUUUGCCCACACACAGCAACUUCAAUUUCCAACAAUACAUACAACGAUCCUUGGAGGAUGAUUUCAAAGUAGUUGUGGGAAUCAGUCCCCCUAUGUGGUUAGCUGUCGUCAUCUUCAUGCUUGCUGAUGUGCAUGGAUGGCAUAUGUAUCUUUGGGUAGCCUAUGCUCCAUUGAUUUUCGUCCUAACUCUUGGAACCAAGCUUGAAGUCAUUGUUGCAAGAAUGGCUCUGCAACUCAAAGACCUGAACAUUGUAAUUACAGGAGCCCCUGUGGUGCAACCUAAUGACAAUCUUUUCUGGUUCAGCCAACCUAAAUUUGUGUUGACACUUCUUCAUUUUACCCUGUUCAUGAAUGCUUUCGACGUGGCAUUCUUUAUCUGGGUAACGUUAGAAUUUGGGAUCAACUCUUGUUAUCAUGAGUACAUCGAGAUUACAAUCACAAGGGUGGUAUUAGCGGUGAUUGUACAAGUCAUUUGCAGCUACAUUACUCUCCCACUCUAUGCCCUUGUUACACAGAUGGGUUCUCACUUCAAGAGUGCGGUGCUGGAAGAACAAACCGCCAAAGUAAUAAAGCAAUGGUAUGCAGACGUGAAGAAGAGGCAGAAGAUGAAGAAAUUAACAAGUCUACCUAACUCUGAAAUUGGGAGCAGCAGGAAAACUAUUACUAGGGAAGUUUCUUCCCCAACUACAUCCCCCCGGCCAACAAGGACACUUUCAAAAACUAUUUCUUCUCUCAAUUGGAAUGAUGAAAUCAGUCAAGUCCAAGAGGAACCAGGUGAGGCCAAUGUUCCUUCUAGGGCAUUGGUAGUAGAAUUGCCAAUCUUGGAGUGUCAUGAGAAGCCCUCCACAAUCAGAAAGAACUGAAUUCAUAUGAUGCAAUGGAUAGAUAGCUUCAGUGGUUUGUUUACAUUCAACAUGUGACACUGAGAUUGUCACAUCAAAUGAGAGAACCUAAGCCUACAACAGCUCCUAGCAGGCCAUACCUGGCCAUACAGAAGCUGUUGUUAUAAUAUGUCAUCCCUAUACCUUGAUUUAAGAUGACAAAAUGUGUACAUGUAUGAAUUUUUUGAUCCCCCUAGCAAACAUAAAAAUGCAACAUUUUAUCCAUU